AUGGAGUGCAGCUAUGACUACCUACAUGUCUUCAAUGGACCAAGCACCUCCUACCCUUCCAUCGGAAAAUUCUCCGGUUGCGCAACACCAAGUGGAUUCAGGUCUCAGUCGAAUAGUGUAUACUUUGUCUUCAAAACAGACGGUAGCAAUACAUAUCGGGGUUUCGACCUGUUCUACAUGUUCUUCACACAAGUGUUUCUUGGGGAAUUUACAAAUCCAUAUGGCGUCAUCACAAGCCCUAACUACCCAUUGGAUUAUGAAAACUACAAGUAUUAUGAAUGGGUCAUCAGGGCACAAGAAGGCAAAAGGAUCAAAUUGGACUUUACAGAUUUUUAUACGGAGGACUGCACCGCAUGUAAAUGUGACUACCUAGAGAUCUUCAAUGGGCCAAGCAACUCUUCUCCCUCCAUCGGAAAUUUCUGCGGAAGCGCAACACCACGUGGAUUCAGGUCUCAGUCGAAUAGUUUAUACUUUGUCUUCAAAACAGACUACAGCGCUACAUAUCGGGGUUUCAGCAUGACCUACCUGUUCUUCACACAAGUUUCAAGUGUGGCAAUUGGCAAGAAAGCGACUCAGACGGACGUGGCUUUCGGCAAUGGUCCGAUUCUUGCUAUAGAUGGAUGGUUAGACAGGUGUUCACUGACGACGUCCAUUAAUUCAGAAUGGAAGCUUGACCUGACUGACUAUUACCUCAUAGAGGAAGUAUCGAUACAUCCCGCAGCUGAUGCUAAAUCCUAUAAAAUCGAAAUGGGACUGGGACUCGGGAAGUACGAGGCAGAUACCAUCCUGAACCUUACUGCAUCCAACCCUUCCACGUGGAAACCCACCAGCAAAGGUCCUUACAGACAUGUCAAUGUAAUGGCGAGACCACACAAUCAACCUCUGACAAUCUGCGAGCUCCAGAUCAAAGGAUCUCCACAACCAAGGACACCUCCAUUCCGGGUUUUCACUGGUAUCGCUAUGUCAAAUCCUCCCGUCCGUACAGUCGCACCUGUUGAGAGUCAGAUAGAGUGCUCGUCGAUCUGUCUUCGUCAAAAAAUACCACCGUGUGUUACCGCACAGUUCGACCAGGAGAGGAAGAGCUGCGCACUGUUUGACGGAUGCGAGCACACCAAUCUCCCGAGUAAUGAAAACAAAACAGUUGUAUUCGCCUUUGCUGCCAACUGCUUUAUAAAAUAACAUUGAUUUGAAUUCCCCAAAUGAAUAAUAUUGCAAUGAUCCUUUCAUCGAAUAAAAUCAAUUUGUCAGUAAGACGAUAUGUCAAUAGAAUAGAAUCAAUCAACGAGAAGGUUUCAGAAGUAUCACUAACAUAUGCACAAUUGUAUCAUUUAAUAAAAUAAUUCACACGUUCUACGGCAAAAUGGCACUUUCGCGUAACAGUUCUUAAUAAAAAAAUAUUACAUAUGAUGUCUCUGUACAGAUUUUUAUUUUUGAAACUCGCUGUGUUUAGCAUCAAACGCUUUUAUAAUUUUUAGUUUUGUAUACAAAUGUUCAUAGAACCUAUGAAAGCUAUUUGCGUUCUUUCAAAAGUAGAAAUUGCGUAAAUACCAUCGACGAUACAAUGAACAUAGAAAACAAAAUACAUUAAACGUUGUAUUUUUUUGUUUUUACGCGUUUUAUUUUGUUUCUAUGGUGGCCCUUAUAAUGGAUUUCAGCAAAGUUGUACUAACGAGCGAUUGGAAGGGAUAUGAAAUAUUUCCUUUUUUUUCAAAACUAUUACUAUAAUAACUUUUGUAUUACAAAUAGUUAAAAUUAAACAUUUUAUAUGUUUCAAUAAUAAUUUAGGACAAUUUGAGAAAGUGCUAUUGAUAAAAUGUUCCGUGUGUAUUGUAUUUGUAUUAUUUAUUGAUGUUAACAAUAUUAUUUUGCUGACAAUUUUUAUGAAACGAUAAGAUCUUAAUUUUUAAAUAUUUUGGUUUUGUAUCAAGUAAGGGGGCGAAGAG